CCUUUCCAUUGGAUGAGGGUGGAAAACAACCUGCACAUGCUGUAGAAGAAUGAGCUGUGCGUUGAAUUUAGUCAAGUUUUGCAUAUAUAUGAAAGGUUUGUAUUGUGUAGUAGAGAGAGAUGCAAGGGAAUCCUUUAGCUUACUCUUUAUCCACAGGUUGCUUACUCGCAGUGAUUAGCGAUUGGCUCAGGAAAGGUCACGCUUGCUCCAGGGACCAGCCGCCAUGUUUGGAUUUAGGUCAUCUUUUGCUCCGCGCCUCCUUUUUUCGUCGAAAUCACGCCCGUUUCCACACGUAAACAAGUGAUGUCCUCUCCGAACCGUGUAUGAAGGCUGCUGUUUACUCGCUAGAUCGCUUUACUGAACAUUUAUCCUCAAUUUGCAGGUCGCUAGUGCUUCAAAGUUUUCAAGAAUUGUAGGUCGCUUCGUCUCCAGUUGUACGUUUUCCUUGAUCAGAGGCUAGCAAAAUGGACAAUAGGCGGCAAGACACCGCUGAAAGGAUAACAGACGACCCCAGUGAUCUGAGGCGAAGUUCAAACUACAGAGGCAGUGACCGAGAGCUGGAUACAAGAGACCGCGAUCUUGAACGUAACAUUGGUCGUGAGCUGAGCCGUUUUAGGGAUGGUAGAUCAGACAGAGAUGAGCGACGCCGAAGUCCAGAUUUAAAGCGUCGUGAUGCACCUGAUCCUUUUGGUCGUGAUAGAGAUUAUUACAAGGAGAGGGUUCGUGAGAAUGAUCGUGAUAAAGACAGGGGUGACAGAGAUCAUGACAGGGAUGGAUACAGGUCACGGGACAGGGAUCGCUAUGAACGUGACAGCCGUGAUAGCCUAGAUCGGGACAGAGACCGUUACGAUCGUGAUCGGCAGGAUCGGAAUCGAAAUUAUAAUGGUGAUAGAGACUAUGGAAGAUCUCGAGAUCGAGACUAUGACAGAGAUCGAGAUCGUGACAGGGCUUAUGAUAGAGAUCGUGACUGGGACUACGACAAUAAAGACAGGGCAGGAUAUGGCAGAGAGUGGAGUCGGCAGAGGAGCGACCCUGAGGACUAUUACAGUGAUGAACGUGAUCGCAGUGAUCGAGACAGGGACUGGGAUGACAGGGAGCCAUCUCGUAGCAGAUACCGAGAUGAUGACAGAAAGUGGCAAGACAGUCGACAAGAAGAGCCCACUAAUGUGGUUAUCCUGCACGGUCUUGAUAAGGAUUUCAAAGAGGAGGAUGUGAGUUGGUUGUGUUGACUAAUUAUAGUAAUAUUUAUUACAUGUACAUGUUCAUGUGCUUGCUCUGUUUUUUUUUUUCAAGAUAUGUUUGGG